AUGGUGAGGGUAUUGGAUGAGCCAGCAUCACGGAAAACGACUCUGUCGAACUACGAGAUCUGUGGGAGAGAUUCUUCAGUGGUGUCCAGAAAGCAGGUGUACAGAGAAGAAUUCCUUGACAUUGGGUUUACGCUUCUCAUCGAUCAUGUGGUCGAAAAACCUCAAUGCGUUAUAUGUGGCAAAGUGCUCAGCCACGAGUCGCUCAAAGAAAACAAGCUUAGGCGCCAUCUCCAGGGAAAACAUCCAACGCUGGAAGAGAAAGGCCGCCAGUAUUUUAAGAGGAAAGAAGAACAACUGAAGCCUCAGCGGUUAGACACCCCUAUGAACCCAGCAGUGUUUUCUGUUCGGCAAGCAACAAUUGCAUCCUAUCUGGUUGCAAAAAGAAUUGCCAAGUGUAAACAGCCACACACAAAUGGGGAAAAUUUGGUGAAGCCAUCAGUCCUUGAUAUGGUUCGCACUGUUAUCAGAGAUGAUGCAGUGAAAAAGAUUGAAACUAUUCCACUGUCAAACAACACAGUUAGCUGA